CCUGUGGAUAAUGUGACAGUCAUCAGACAGACAGAGAUGGUAAUUACAGAGUUGCAUCCUCUUCGAGCGGAUGGGGCUGAUACCAUGUAUAAGCAGGUGGUUUUAGCACCUUGGUCAGCCCCUCCACCUGGAUGGGUGAAGGUUAACUGUGAUGGUGCUUUUUCUGUAAUGAUGGGACAUUUCUGA